AUGGCGUACAAUGCCGUCGCUCAAGUCGACCACGAGGUGGCUUCUGUUUCUUCUGCUUCUGCAUCACGCAGCCCAUCGCCCGCUCACGGACAUGCAUUUGAGCAGCUGCCACUUGAUACUGAUCACAUCGGGGGAGGGAGCCACCUAGAGGUUGCUAAAACUACAGACAAUCCCAGUUUCGGUCAGUUAGGUUCCAUGAUCCGCUCCAUGACUUCUACCAGCUACGAUGUGGUGGAGGACGAUGACUAUGACGCCGAUCCUCCCCCCGAGCGAUCCAACAGCCUCCGCAUUCUACCACUCAAUACAACCGUCCCGCAACAUCCUUCUCCCGAUCCCCCUCUCCACAGCGCAUGCAGUGAGGCUCCCGUACCCCUCAGCCACCCUACUCCGGAUUUGCAGUCGAUACAAGGAGCCUACAAAGGAAAUGUGACGCGGUUGGAAGAAAGUGCAGAGCAACUGAGCUCUUGCUCCGCAGAUAUUGAGAGCGAGAUCCGCCGCAUCGACCAAGAGCAAAAGCAACGCUCAGUCAGUUCGGCGUCCAAUUCAAUCAUUCACCGGAAUGGUGCAUUCUCCCCAGCACGUACGAUUUCCUCCGCCCAUGGAUCGAAUGUGUCCCCCGCGCGUCAGCGCUCCGUUUCAGGGGUGCGUCUGGCUCAGCUCUCGGAGCCUGCACAUGAUGAACAUAAGCAUGAAGUGGACGAAUUUCCCGGGCUCCCUGAUCUACCACCGCCACAACCCCUUUUCAAUACCCAGAGCGAUUACUAUUACGACCAAUAUGUCCCACAAGGAGUUCCCGUAGAAGCGGAGUUAGAGCGGCGAGCCUCGGUCGCAUCGAACGAUACCUCCCAGCAGGCGCGGACACUAUUCACCGAUUUUGAUGGCGUCCAUUUCACACCCAUGGAACCGGGUCGUCAGGUUUCUUUGGAGCAGCCGCCGCUCGCCCGCAAGCCGGAACAUUAUAAACACCCGCAAGCAGGAGAGAAUAUGGUGUUCUAUCCAGCCCCUGUCCCACGCAUGUUGAAUCUGCCACCGAAGUUGUCGCGCAAGGAAAACAUCGACCGGGAUAAGCGUCGCACACGCAUUGCAGGCGCCAUCACCGCUGAUGAUAGAAAGUCAACCGUUAUGCUGCCUGACGGCGAUCAAAAAGACCCACGCGAUGGCCAUGGUGAUAAACGCAAAUCGAAACUACCACCGCAUCUCCGUGCGAGUGUGUUUUUUGAUCAGCCGGGUACAUCACUCCAGGUCGAGGUUAAGCAAGAUUCUGCGGUUGCUACGCUGGAGAGCAUUUUGGAUGCCUCUGCGAAUGCACCUGUUUCGGCUUUCACUGAUCACCCUUAUGCUGGUCAUAUCGGCGCGUUCAUCUACAACAAAUCAAAACGCAAGACCCUGACAAAAGAUAUGGCAGGGCAAAAGACAAACCGUCUUUCGCGAGCCACGAUUGGCCAGCCUUAUAGCACUAAUAAUGUAGACGAGUAUGGAGACCCUGUCACUUCGCCACAUGGAUCGGAAGCCGGGAAUGACUCGUAUAGAAACCAUGAUGAGCACGUCCAUGAGCGAGGGUCGGAAGGCACUGAUACCGAAAGUGAUGAGCAAUCCGAAGAUGAAGAGGACGAGGACGAGGAAGAAUUGGAUUAUGUUGGUCCACCAAACACGCUUAUCGCCGAAUUGGAGUUGCGGAAGCAUGAAUUGAAGCACCGACGCCGGACGGUGGUGCCUGUAGCUUUCCACGGCAUGCGGACCACUUUGUUAGAAAUGGACGAAAUGGCCCAAAAGCAAAGUGACAAACGGCGGCAGCGCCCCGUUGCUUUGGCUUGGGAAGGGCGGGACGAAGACGAAGACGUUCCCCUGGCCAUGUUGUACCCCGAGAAAGCCAAUGUCGAAGACGACGACCGACCUUUAGGGCUGAUCGAGAAGCGGCAACAAGAAGAAAAUGAGCCUUUGAGCUCACGCCGUGCUAGGCUGCGCGGUGAACCAGUACCGCAGCCGGAGAAGCGUCCUGCUACAGUGUAUGCAGCAGAGCCUCCGGCGCAUGUUCCUGAGCCGGCCGCUGAGAGUGAGAGUGAGACAGAGAUAGAAACCCUCGCCGAGCGACUUCAACGGUUGAAGGGACAUAACCGCUCGGAGAGCAAAUUCGCCAGCGACUUGAUGGCCGAAAUUGACACUAGGGCUGGAGUUGCGCCCAAAGACGCCCAAGAAGUGCCCGGCCCCAGCGAGGAAGAGACACUCGCACAACGACGUAGUCGCCUUCAGAAAGAGGCUGCUGCCCAACUCGGGCCCGCAAAGAACCCGCGAAUGCGCCGGAGCAUGGCUGCGCUUACACAGGGUCGUCCUGCCCAGCUUGCUCGCCAGUCGUCGUAUGAUGUUUUCAAUCAGCGGCCUGUCACCAUGUCCCAGUAUGGAAACCGCAUGUCCAUGCAACAAUUUUCACCACAAAGGGGAUAUCCGACCCUUGCAGCAUACCCGAUGGCACAGCAAUAUGGGUAUCCUAUGAACCCUGCGACGAUGGGAAUGAAUGGCAUGGGAUAUACUUCCAAUAUAACACAACAUCCUGCCCCGGUCCAAACCGACCCGAACGUGAUCGAUCGCUGGAGGCAAAGCAUUCGCUGA